UGUUGUAGUGAUUGAUUGAAUGAUUGUUGUUGUGUUGGAUGUGAUGACCACAUUGUGAUCACUUAGUGAUGGCAGACAUGGAUUCAAAGCGAUUGCAAUACAAUUAUCAGAUCUGGUUCUCGAGGAGAGCGCCGGGAAAAGUGACGGCAAACCAGUCGUACGACCAGAACCUGAAACCGAUCGCAGAGUUCGCAACUGUGGACCAGUUUUGGGCCAUUUAUUCGCAUUUGAUUCGUCCCAACGAUCUCUCGGGUCACUGCGAUCUCCAUGUCUUCAAACACGGCAUUCGUCCCCUUUGGGAGGACGACGCCAACAAAGACGGCGGCAAAUGGAUUGUGCGGCUGAGGAAAGGUCUGGCCUCCAGGUGUUGGGAGAACCUAUUGCUGGCCCUCUUAGGCGAGCAGUUUAUGGUGAACAACGAGAUCUGCGGAGUUGUGGUGUCGUGUCGUUUCCAGGAAGACAUCAUAAGUGUGUGGAACCGGACGGCCGGCGACACUAUGACAACCGUCAGGAUUAGAGACACUUUGAAACGUGUGCUAAAUCUGCCGCCAAAUACUCUCAUGGAAUACAAGACUCAUUGCGACUCUUUGAAGGACAACACCAGCUUCAGGAACACCUUCUUGAGGUGAUUGACUCGACCCACACCUCAAGCCAUACCAAACACAACAACCAUUUCCAACACUUUUAUAUUCAAUGUUAACGUUUUGACUGUCGAUUAUGUAUUGAAAAGAUCCCAAUAAACAUCAAUUGAAUGCCAUUUUUGCAACCAAUCGUGUUUUGCCAUAUUAUUGUCCAUUCAUUUAAUAUUCGCAUUCAAAUCAAUAGAAAACAAAUUAAAUAACAAAAUGAAAAUCAGAUUUUAGUGGAUCUCAAUCAACAAAAGCUGCUUUUAUUAAAAAA